AUGUUUGUUCAUGCGGUGGAUAAGUUUGUCAGGCCUGCAUUUGACCACGGGAAACUUGCAAAGGAGCUGAGCCAGAAGACGGGGAUAGAUUUGGAUCCCCACCAGCUCCCUUUCCUUUGGAUUGGAACUACACCAGACGGUAAUACGGCCCGCUUUCAAGCCAAGGGGAAGAAAUGGGAAUACGGGACGGAAUUGGUCGAAUGGGAUGGGACACUCCAGCAGGAGAAUGGCUCUCUGAUGCAGGUUGAGGAACCGUCAGAUCCAUUGGGCAAUUCCCCGGUCACAGUCCGCUUUACGAAUCAGGCAGAAGGAACGUUCAAUCUCAUCUGGAUCAACUUCGAAGGGAAGCCAAAAAAUUACGGCACAAUACGACCUGACGGAGCAAGGAGCCAGGAGACAUACUCUGGCCAUUACACUGGACAUGAUGCUGUCAUCGUUACUGAACCCUUUCUAGAAGAGGGCACAAAAUCUGGCGAUGAAGCUAAGAAGCCCACCCGAGCGGAUGAAGAGAGAGUUCAGGAUGGAGAAACACCAAAUAUCAAACUUGAUAUACAGCAGUAUAAUUUAUGGAUGAGUGAAAUGGAAAUAGAUGGACCUGUGCGCACACAACUCUCCAAGAAUGGCACGGAAGAGCAGCCCUAUGAUGAGAUCAUGGAGAAUUCCCUUCACCUACUCAACUACGCACUAGACGACCAGCUCCAGCCGAAGCUGACGAAGAAGCAAUACUUGAAACCGGGCGAUCGUGUGAGCGUUGACCGCCCGAAGCUGUUCGAUCUGGGUACUAAGACAGAGAUUGAAACAAGCGAUGCCCUUUUCGCAAACCCAUACCAAAUGAUAAGCCUGGGCUGGGGUGUCAGGGAUGGACAGCCCGAGUAUCGAUUUAUGUUCAACGAGCGGGGCCAUCAGCUCAUCCGCGUACUGGCGAUGGGACUUGAUGGGACGGUGCGAGUGUUGAUUGAAGAGAAGAGCGACACCUUCAUAAACUACACUAACAAGUUGUCAUAUGCCGUUCUUAAAGAGUCCAACAUGAUGACAUGGGAAAGUGAGAGAGACGGUUACAAUCAUAUCUACCUCGUCGAUCUGGAGAAGGGCGAGCAAGUAUGGGUACCUGUAUAUGGUUUUACGAAGGAAGAGGACCCGUACCACCUGAAUUUAGUCCGGGUCAACUUCGACGGCACCGGCUGCCAAGCACUGACCGAGGGUGAUGGAACUCAUAUUUGGAAGUGGUCUCCAACAGCCGCUUCUUCAUCGACACUUGGUCGAGAGUUGACCUUCCUCCACGUACUGCCGUGA